AUGAAACUAAACCAGCUUGAUAUUUUAGGAGUGUGUGAAACUAGAUGGGGUGAUAACGGAGAUUUCUGGAGUGAUGACUUUCGAAUGAUACAUAGUGGAGACAAUCAAGGAAAAAACGGAGUUGGAAUACUAUUAAAUAAAGAAUGGGGACUACAAGUAGAAAAUACCUAUCAUGUGAAUGAUAGAAUAUUAUUUAUAAAAUUGAAGACAUCCACAGUAAACAUGAUAGUAAUUCCAACCUCGAAUAGUGAAGACGACGAAAUUGAACGAAUGUAUGACUCUUUAGAUGAACUGUUAGGAAUUUCUAGAGAUAGCGAUAAUGUAAUUAUUAUGGGUGAUUUUAACGCGGUAGUAGGGGAAGGACAAGACAAUCAAAUAAUAGGAAAACAUGGUUUAGGAACAAGAAACAACAGAGGUGAAAGAUUAGUCAAUUUUUGUAAACAGAGCAAUUUUUUAAUUACCAACACAAUGUUUGAAGUGCCGAAAAGAAGACGUCAUACAUGGGUAGCACCAGGAGUUACUAAUCGUUACCAAAUUGACUAUGUAUUAGCAAGGAGUCGCUUCAAGAAACAAUUAACAAAUAAUGACAAGUCACAGUUUUCCCGGUGCAGAAAUAGACAGCGAUCAUAA